ACCUCAGCUGCUGGGGUGAGGGUCCACUUGCCCCGCCUCUCUCCCGAUCAAUGCCCCUCUCUGAGCGCCACCCAAAACAAGGGACGCUUCGGGAAUCAAAGCCGUCGCCGUGACAACGGCCCGGCCGCCAGAUUCCACGGGUCGAUGGGGUUUCCAUGCGAACUGCCGGAUAUUGCCCAGAAGAACCACGCGGUGCCAUCUGCACACAGAGGUCCUGCACCUCACACACAGGAGGACAGACAAAACUGCAACCAGGUCACUGCAUUUCACCACUGAGGAGAGAGGGAGAGGGGCACAGACAGAGGGAGAGAGAGACAGAGAGAAGCCAAGAGGGGGUUAGGAAGACAGAAAGAAAGAAAGAAAGAAAGAGAGAGAGAGAAAGAAAGAAAGAAAGAGAGAAAGAAAGAAAGAAAAAGAAAUUGGGAUAGAGAGAGGCGUGUUUGCAGUUGGACAAGAUAAAGAAGACAGAGGGAUGAUGUUCCCAGUGCGCCCCACAGGGCUCCUGACCCACAUCCACAUCGGGACACUUCUCCUGGCCCUUGGCCUCCACCCAGGACCUCCCACUGGAGGAAUCUUGACAGCGGGGGCCCAGGAUGGGGGCGGUGGUGGUGGUGACACCAUCAGCCACUCUCUGUCCCUGGUGCAGCGGCUGGAGGCUCUGCUGGCCCAGGGGAACGGCAGCGACGUGGCCCUCAGGGUGGAGACCCUCAAUGCGGACGAGGUGAAGGUGAUCCAGGCCCACUCCCUGGUUCUGUCCCUGCAGAGCCCUGUGUUCGAGGGGCUGCUGCUCAGCCGCAACACGUCCACCCUGGUCCUGAGGGAGACCGGCGAGUGCUCCGCCAUCUUUGACAAGUUCAUAAGGUAUCUGUACUGUGGAGAGAUCUCCCUGCGUCUUGAUCAGGCCCGUCCUCUCCACAUGCUGGCCACCAAGUAUCGUGUGCUGGGGCUCCAGCAGGGUGUCACCCAGUACAUGGCCCAGAACCUGGCCCGCGACUCUCCCUCGGGCCACGUGGUGGGCUGGUACGAGUACGCCCUCCAGACCGGAGACGUGUCCCUGAGGGACAGCUGCUUGCAGUACCUCUCCUGGAACUUGUCGUCCGUGCUGCGCAGCGGGGAGUGGGGCACCGUCAGCGCCCAGCUCCUCAUGUCUCUUAUGAAGCGUUCCGACCUCAUCCUGCAGAGCGAGAUGGAGCUCUUCGAUGCGCUGGAGCUCUGGAUAAACCAGAACGAUCCCGACGGGCUGACGGCCGAGAACGCCCUGAGGUCGGUGCGUUAUGCCAUGAUGCCGCCCCGGGAGCUCUUCCGCCUGCAGACCCAGUCGCUCACCCUCGCCCGCUACCAGGAGUCCGUACGAGACCUCCUCUACAUGUCCUACCAGUUCCACUCCGCAUCGCCGCUGCACAUGGCCAAGUUCUUUGAUGUGAACUGCAGUCUGUUCAUGCCCAGGAACUACCUGUCCCCCGCCUGGGGCUCCCCCUGGGUCCUAAACAACCCCUCGCGUGAUGACCGUAGCACCAGCUUCCAGACCCAGCUGGGCCCCAGCGGUCACGACGCCGUCAAGCGCGUGACGUGGAACGCCCUCUUCUCCCCGCGUUGGCUUCCCCUCAGCAUGCGUCCCAUGUACACGGAAACGGGAGCCAUGCAGCCGACGCGAGUCGACGGAGGGCGGCCGCGCAUCAUCAUCACGCCCGCAACGUCCAGCGCGGACUUCGCCGGCGUGAGUUUUCAGAAGACGGUGCUGGUCAUGGCGAGACAGCAGGGGAAGGUGGUGGUGAAACACGUCUACAACUUCCACCAGAGCACAGAGGAGAGCGGAGACUUCCUGGCGGAAGCCGACCUGCACCGCAAAACAUCGGAAUACCUCAGCGAAGGCUCCCUCUACCUCCACAUCCUGGUCAAGCCCUUGUACCAGACCCUCAUCACCACCAAGAAUUGA